AUGCCCGUCCAGCUCUCCAGCCCCCCGGAAUGGAAUGAGUCUAUGCGCUCUCUCCGGAUCAGCGUGGGGGGCCUUCCCGUGCUGGCGUCCAUGACCAAGGCCGCGGACCCCCGCUUCCGCCCCCGCUGGAGGGUGAUCUUGCCGUCCUUCGUGGGCGCUGCCGUCCUCUGGCUGCUCUACGCCCACCGCCCUCCUCCUGGCCGGCCCCCCCUGCCCAACGCCCACAACUGGAGGCUCGGCCAGCUGCCUGCUGCUCGGUACAAUGACACCUACCCGCUGUCUGUCCCCCAGAGGACACCGGGCGGGACACGAUACCGGAUCGCCGUUAUCGCCGACCUGGACACAAAGUCCAGGACCCAGGAGGAGAACACCUGGGUCAGUUACCUGAAGAAGGGUCACCUGACCCUGUCAGACAGCGGGGACCGGGUGGCUGUGGAGUGGGACCAAGGCCAUGAGGUCUUGGAGUCCCACCUGGCGGAAAAGGGGCGAGGCAUGGAGCUGUCAGAUCUGAUCGUCUUCAACGGGAAGCUCUACUCCGUGGACGACCGGACAGGCGUGGUCUACCAGAUCGACGGCUCCAGGGCCGUGCCCUGGGUCAUCCUGUCCGACGGUGACGGCACCGUGGGGAAAGGCUUCAAAGCCGAGUGGCUGGCCGUGAAGGAUGAGCAUCUGUAUGUGGGCGGCCUGGGCAAGGAGUGGACCACCGCCACGGGGGAGGUGCUGAAUGAGAACCCGGAGUGGGUGAAGGUGGUGGGCUGCAGAGGCAGCGUGGACCACGAGAACUGGGUGUCCAGCUACAACGCCCUGCGGGCCGCUGCAGGGAUUCGGCCGCCAGGCUACCUCAUCCACGAGUCCGCCUGCUGGAGCGACACGCUGCAGCGCUGGUUCUUCCUGCCGCGCCGCGCCAGCCAUGAGCGCUACAGCGAGAGGGACGACGAGCGUCGCGGCGCCAACCUGCUGCUGAGCGCCGCGCAGGACUUUGGGGACAUCACCGUGCGGCGCGUGGGGGCGGUGGUCCCCACCCACGGCUUCUCCUCCUUCAAGUUCAUCCCCAGCACCGACGACCAGAUCAUCGUGGCCCUCAAGUCCGAGGAAGACGGCGGCCAGCUCGCCACCUACAUCAUGGCCUUCACGCUGGACGGACGCUUCCUCCUGCCCGAGACCAAGAUCGGCAGUGUGAAGUAUGAGGGCAUAGAGUUCAUCUGA